GUUUAACAAAUUGGCUGCAUACACUGAUAUGGCUUAUGAAGCUCUGGAAUCCCUGCAACAAACCUUACUUCAAAUCCUUGUACGCGGCGAUUAUCUCAUCACUCCUCCUGUUAAAUACCAAAUUAUAUCCAUCCACGACAGAGCUGUUGUCUUGCAAUUGAAUCUCAAUCAGUUUCCAUAUAAAGAAUCAAUAAGAGAUGUAGCAAAUACAGCAAAAGAGAUUAUUCAAUCUGUUUUCUCCCUAGAAAAUCUAUCAAUUUGUGGAUCCAUAACUGUCCGGCUUUCAGAUCAGUUGGGGCAACUGGCUGAGCAGCUCCAAUCAACGGUUGCAUUUAUGGUUGGCUACAUACGGCAACGGAGUGAUUCUGCAAUUGAGAGUGAAGUUGAAGAUCCAACGGAGAUGAUUGCAAUAAAUUCAAACGGGUUGAGGAGGUUAGCGGAGAAUAUAAUGUCAAUUGGAAGAGAAUCAGAAGAGGAAGAUUCGAGUGAUUCACAUGUUUCGGUUGGUUUUGAUGAUGAUUUGAAUGAUUCUGCUGCUCUUGACCUUCCUGAAAACCCUAGCGAUUCACCAUCAAUAUAUCCACCCACGAGCAAAGAUGAUGUGAUUGGCUUUGAUGAAGAUAUAGCACAGCUGAUGGAGCGAGUAACUGACUAUUCAUUAUCCAACCGACAAAUCCUCCCUAUUGUGGGAAUGGGAGGCAUUGGUAAGUCCACACUUGCUAAAUAUGUUUAUAAUCAUCCAAUGAUCAUGCAUCAAUAUGAUAUUCGAGCUUGGGUCACAGUAUCACAAGAUUGUUGUAUAGUAAAUAUUCUCUCACAAUUACUAGCUUCGCUCAAAGGAAAAGUAGGUCCAGUUGGAACGGAUUCAUUGAUAGUAAUAGAUGCAGAGAAGCUUGAAAUUUUCAAAAUCUUAUCGGGGAGGAGGUAUCUCAUAGUAAUAGACGACAUUUGGAGUGUGGAAGCUUGGGAUCACGUGCAGAAGCUAUUUCCGGACAAUAAUAAUGGAAGCUGGAUCAUAUUAACCACAAGGCUAAUGGAUGUGGCGACUUAUGCUGCCAUUUCGUGGAACAUUCAUGUGAUGCGUUUCAUGGAUGACGAAGAUAGUUGGCGUCUGUUCCAACACAAGGUUUUUGGAGAUCACGAUUGUCCUCUUGAGCUACAAAGUGUUGGGGAAAAAAUUGUAAAAAGAUGUGGAGGACUGCCCCUCUCAAUUGUUACUAUGGCAGGACUUUUAUCGAGGAUUCCUAGAACUCCAAAGUUGUGGCAGCAAAUUGAAGUAAAUGAUGGGCAGUUGGUAUCAAUAUUAUAUUUGAGUUACAACCACUUGCCUCUACAUUUGAGGAAGUGCUUCUUGUAUAUGGCUGGUUUCCCUCAAGAGUAUGACAUCCGUGCCUCUGAACUCAUCAAACUUUGGGUUGCUGAGGGGUUUUUGGAAUGUCGAAACGAAUCUAAAAGCAUAGAAAUGACGGCGGAGGAGUGCUUGGAGGAUCUGAUCAAGCAAAGUCUAGUAUUGAUCAGUAGCCGGAAAAGUGAUGGCAAAAUCAAAAGUUGCAGGCUGCAUAGUAUGGUGUGGGACUUUUGUGUGAGACAGGCUGGCAAAGAGAAGUUCAUUCUUUCUGUCACGGAAUACUUCCCUAAUCUUAUCCUGAGAAGGCAUUUUCUUCCACAAGUCCUCCAAAAUCAUCACCGCAUAAGUGUUAGUUGGUAUGAUCUUAAUCUUAAAGACUAUAUGCAUAGUUCAUGCACCACCUCUAUUAUAUGCAUCCCACAGAGAGGGUAUAGGCCCAAAGGCUCUGUAAAGAACUUUACCUCACUUAGGGUACUUCACGUUUUACGUAGAAAUGAUCAUUCAUAUUGGGAGCUAGGUCAAGUGUUUGAAUUGAUUUAUCUCACUUACCUUGCUUCCUACAUUCCCGAUGAUAUUGUUUCUGCGGCUAUAGCAAAGCUUCAGAAUCUGCAAACUUUAAUUAUUUAUAGAUCUAAUGUUCAUUUGCCUGUGGAGAUUUGGAGCCUGAGGCAGUUGAGAAAUCUUAUUGCCUUCUCAUUUUGUCCUUUACUCCUUCCUGAAGGAGAAACUCUUUCUCUAGAAAACUUACACACACUUCACAUGGCAACAAACUUUACAUGUAGUGGAAGGAUGGUGGGAAUGCUCCCAAACAUUAAAAAGUUGGGAAUAUGCUACCCUGAAGUGAAGUUUGGUGUAGGUUACCAUCUUGGCAACCUUAUACAUUUGUUUAAACUUGAGAAGCUGAAAUUGAAUAUGCAUAACUCAUACGUGCCACGUCUGAAUCCUAUUUUUCCUCUGUCACUGAAGAAGUUGGAAUUGAGUGGCGGGUGGAUUUAUUGGAGAGAUAUGACGAUUGUUGGUUCGUUGCCAAAUCUUCAAGUGUUGAAACUAAAGAACUAUGCUUGCUAUGGGGAACACUGGGGUAUCUUUGACGAGGAAUUUGGUAAUUUGGUACAUCUGCUUAUCGAUGAAUCAAAUCUCAAGUGUUGGACAAUUGAAUGUAGUCCAUUUCCGAGGCUCCAGAGCCUAACGCUUCUUCGUUGUCCAUACUUGGAUGAGAUUCCAUAUGAUAUUGGAUUGAUUCCAUUACUGCAAGUGAUUGAGAUUGAUGAUCAUAACCAAUCUCUUUUGUACUCGGCAAAAAAAAUACAAGAGGAACGCCAGGACUGGGUAAGAGAAGACCUAAAAGUUGUUGUGAAGCGUUCUUGAUACUCAUUCAAACUUGAUUGUGUGCUUCACAUCAGAUGCAGAGCUUUGAUGAGGUAGCUAGUGAGAUAGUCUACCUACUGACGGUUUAUUUAAGUAUGAAUCAUUGAUAGACUCCUACUUGUUUGCUAGCUACUUUCAAAUGACUCUGAAUGAAAAAUGUUUGUGUUAUCAGAUAUUGUAUAGACGAAAGAGGUAGGUAAUUAAAUGUAAAUGGUUGGUGAUGUUUGUUAAAGUUUAAAUGUUAGUUUGGAUUAA